AUUUGAUCUACUUUCGUUGAUCAAACAAGACAACACAGACCACGAUGUACAAGUUGGUGGUGUUGUUCUCUGUGCUCGCGUUGGCUGCGGCUAAACCUAACUGGGUAUCGCCAGUAGUUUACAGCGCUGCGUCACCAGUGGUUUACGGCUCUGUCUCACCCGUCGCCUACAGCUCCGUCGUGUCGCCAGCCGUCAACACCGUCGUGUCACCCGCCGUCAGCUCCGUGUCACAAUACAGCAGCAGCGUAGUUCACGGAUCUCCCGCUGUACCUGCAGUAUACAGCGCCUACGCACCAGUCAGCCAUGCCGUCGUCCCUGCUGUCGCUGGUUGGUCUCAAGCCCCCGGCUCUCCCGCCGUUGUCUUAGACGCUGUACAAGGUGUGCCUUUGGACACCCCUGAAGUCGUCGCUGCUCGCGCUGCCCACUAUCAAGCCAAGGCCUUAUCUGGAGUCCACAGAAUUGCCAAGCGUUCGCUCGCCGCUGUUGCCCCUGUUACCUACAGCUAUCCAUUGACCUACUCCUCCCCAACUUAUGUUUCAGCUUACUCUCCAUAUGUCUCUACCUACUCCAGCCCAGCUGUAUCAUCUUACGCUGUCGUGCCAAAGGCUCUCUCUGUCCACCCAUGGUAAUAAAAACGGAUCUUAACAUAGCAUAUUGAUCAACGAACAUGUGUAAAGUUCACUGCCAAUAAAAUGAAUUAAAUAAA